AUGGGUGACGCUUUGGACCAUCUUGCCAAUCGGACAAAGCUGGAAUGGCAGUGCAAUCUCAACAUCGACUAUGUGCCAAAGAAGAAUCAUCGCAGAACCAGCAUCAUUUGCACAAUUGGCCCAAAGACCAAUUCUGCCGAGAAGAUUACUAUGCUGAGAAAGGCUGGUCUCAAUGUCGUCCGGAUGAAUUUCUCUCAUGGCUCAUACGAGUACCACAAAUCUGUCAUUGACAAUGCAAGACAGUCUGCCAAGGACUAUCCAGGUCGACCCCUGGCAAUUGCUCUCGAUACGAAAGGGCCGGAGAUCCGGACAGGAAACACCCCUGGGGACACAGACAUUCCUAUCAAGGCCGGCCUUGAGCUGAACAUUACCACUGAUGACAAAUAUGCCACUGCCAGUGAUGACAAGAAUCUCUAUGUCGACUACAAGAACAUCACCAAGGUGAUCGACGCGGGCAAGCUCAUCUACGUUGACGAUGGCAUCCAGUCGUUCGAAGUCAUUAAGGUUGUGGACGACAAGACUCUUCGAGUGCGUGCGCUCAACGAUGGACAAAUCUCGUCCAAAAAGGGGGUAAACCUCCCCGGGACUGAUGUCGAUCUCCCUGCCUUGUCACAGAAGGACAUUGCAGACUUGCAGUUUGGUGUCAAGAAUGGAGUCGACAUGAUCUUCGCUUCGUUUAUUCGACGCGGGGACGAUAUCAAGCACAUCCGUCGAAUCCUUGGCGAGGAGGGCAAGGAGAUCCAGAUCAUUGCAAAGAUCGAAAACCAACAGGGUAUGAACAACUUCGACGAUAUUCUGGCCGAAACCGACGGUGUCAUGGUGGCACGUGGUGAUCUUGGAAUUGAGAUCCCGGCAGCGAAGGUCUUCAUUGCUCAAAAGAUGAUGAUUGCCAAGUGUAACAUGGCAGGCAAGCCUGUCAUUUGCGCCACGCAGAUGUUGGAAUCCAUGACCACCAAUCCCCGACCUACCCGGGCUGAGGUCUCUGAUGUCGCCAAUGCGGUCCUCGACGGGGCUGACUGCGUCAUGCUGUCCGGAGAGACCGCGAAGGGCAACUAUCCCAAGGAGGCAGUUACCAUGAUGCACGAGACCUGCUUGUUGGCAGAGGUGGCCAUUCCCUAUGCCAACAUGUAUGAUGAAUUGAGGACAAGUUGCGCGCGGCCGAUUGACACCGUUGAGGCCAUUGCCUGUUCUGCUGUCAGCGCUAGCAUGGAACUGAACGCUGGUGCCAUCAUCGUGUUGACCACUAGUGGUCACUCGGCCCGGCUAGUCUCAAAGUUCCGGCCAGUGUGCCCCAUCAUCAUGGUCACACGAAAUGCGACAGCUUCGCGAUAUGCGCAUCUCUAUCGGGGAGUGUAUCCCUUCCACUUCCCUGAGCCCAAGCCAGACUUCAAUGGCGUGGACUGGCAGAAAGACGUGGACAAUCGGCUGAAAUGGGGCAUCGCCCAAGCGAUUCAGUUGGGAGUCUUGACUAAAGGUGACAGCGUAGUUGCUGUGCAGGGUUGGAGAGGUGGCCAGGGACACACCAACACUAUUCGUGUUGUUCCUGCCGAGGAGAACCUGGGUCUGCUUGAUUGA